AUGGCAGAUCAGGAUCUCCACACAUUUACCUCCAUCAUGGAUGCUCUGGUUCGCGUCAGCUCCAACAUGAAGAGUAUGGAGCGGGAGCUGCGUUGCCCCGUGUGCGAUGAGAUGGUCAAGCAGCCCAUCGUGUUGCCGUGCCUGCACAGCGUGUGCGUGCUGUGCGCGGCCGAGGUGCUGGUGCAGCGAGGCUACCCACCGCCUGACCUGCCGCCGGAGCCCAACACGCCCACCUCCAGCCCCCACACGCGCUCCCCGCGCCACGCCCGCCGCCCCCCGCCCAAGAGUGGCCUGGACCGCGUCCUCAAAACAGUCUGUGGCUCGUACCCUGGGCGUAGACGUAAGGACACACCUCCGCUGCUGAUGCUGUUUCCGUGCCCGCUGUGUAAGAAGGACGUGGAGCUGGGGGAGAAGGGCCUGAUCGACUGCCUCAGAAACCUCACGCUGGAGCGCAUAGUAGAGAGAUACAGGCAUUCGGUGAGCGUGGGCAGCAUGGCGGUCAUGUGCCAGUUCUGUAAGCCCCCUCAGCCUCUGGAGGCCAGCAAGGGCUGUGCGGACUGCAAGGCCAACUUCUGCAACGAGUGCUUCAAGCUGUACCACCCGUGGGGCACGCCCCGCGCCACGCACGAGCACAUCCUGCCCACGCACAACUUCAGGCCCAAGGUGCUGGUGUGUCCAGAACACGAGCAGGAGAGGCUGCAGUUCUACUGCCGCGUGUGCCAGCGCCUCCUCUGUUCACUCUGCAAACUGCGCCGCGUCCACUCCGGUCACAAGGUCCUGCCUAUCGCCCAGGCAUACCAGACCCUGAAGGAGAAGAUCACCAAGGAAAUGAACUUGGUCUUGGCCAAUCAAGAAACAGUACAGGCGCAGAUUGGCCAAUUGGAGGGCGCCAUCACUCAGAUGGAGCUGAACAGCAGCGUGGCUCAGGAGAAGCUGCUGGCCUGUGUGGACCAGCUGCGGGCGGCUCUGUCGGAGCGGCAGGCGGCGCUGGCCUCGGCGCUGGAGGGUUCGCGGGCGCGGCGGGCGGACAAGCUGGACGCCCAGCUCCAGGAGAAGCGCAGCCUGCUGGAGGACGCCGGCCUGGUCACCUACACCCACGAGCUGCUCAAGGAGACCGACCAGCCCUGCUUCGUCCAGGCCGCCCGCGUCACCCACUACAGGCUGGUCAAGGCCAUAGAGCACAUGCAGAACUUCUCUCUCUCCGCCGAUCCCUCGUUCAGACACUUCCAGACGGACGGAUCCCGGGAACUCAAAGAGAUCAGCAGCAUGGAGUUUAUACGAGCUCCAUUGGCUCCCGUGAUCGACACUCAGAAGACACUGGCCUAUGACCAGCUGUAUCUUUGCUGGCGACUGCCACAAGACUCCGCCCCUGCCUGGCACUACUCGGUGGAGUACCAGAGGAGAGUGGGCGGAGCCGGGUCAGUUUGGGGCGGGGUCAGGACUGAGGGCAAAGGGCCCAACUCGACCGGUGGUUGGCUGAGGAUGGACGAUGUGAGCGGGAUGUGUGCGGUGAUUGACAGGCUGGAGAUGGACAGCGUGUACGUGCUGAGGGUGAGAGGCUGCAACAAGGCGGGCUUUGGGGACUACAGCGAGGAGGUGUACCUGCACACUCCACCUGCGCCAGUGCUGGCGUUUAGUCUGGACUCUCGCUGGGGCCUGCAUGCGGACAGGCUGGCGCUGGGGAAGGGCCAGACGUACGCGCGCAGCGUCCCUGGACUCGCCCUCCUGCAGGCGGCCGACCGCACCCUCACUUCCUGUCACCUGACCUCCGACCUGCUGGUGGCUGACCUGUCCAUUGCACAGGGCCGCCACUACUGGGCAUGCUCCGUGGAACCUGGCUCCUAUCUGGUCAAGGUGGGGGUUGGACUGGAAGCAAAAUUGCAGGAAUGGUUCCACCUGCCACAGGACAUGGCCAGCCCACGAUAUGACCCAGAUAGUGGUCAUGACAGUGGGGCAGAAGAUGCCCAGGACAGCCCCCCUCCGUUCUGCUUCCUCACCAUGGGCAUGGGCAAGAUCCUUCUGCCCCACCAGGGGGUAACUCACCCCUCUGGCAACCCCCUGACCGCCCCUCUGCCCCCGCGCCUCGGGGUGUGUCUGGACUUCGACAAGGGCCGCGUCACCUUCUACGACGCCCACUCCCUGCGCAUGCUGUGGGAGGGGCCAGUGGACUGCUCCGCCCCCGUCUGCCCAGCCUUCUGUUUCAUUGGUGGAGGGGCGCUGCAGCUGCAGGAGCUGAUAGCCAAUCGCAGCAUCGAGCAGACCCCGCCCAGGAGAGUGACCAUCCAAACACGUGCCACCAAUCUCUGCAACUGACAUGACGGGUCGCAUGUCCAACCAAUCGGAUGUCAGGAUGGUUCCUAGUGUUAAGCACCUUUGAAUUACUCUUCUUAUACCGUCCAUGAAUUUAUUGAUUUAUUUUCUAUUUAUUUUGCUUACCAGGGAUGCUUUGUAUUAAGGUUUGUGUAAACAUUCAGAACUAACCAAAUUUUUUAACAGUAUACUGUCUUUGCAUUUCUGCUAAUGGUGGAUCUCGGCAAAUCAUUCUCUCGUGUUGACGUCAUCUGCUCACAGGAAGUUCCGAAAUUGUAAGCUGUAAAAAAAAAUAUGCUCCAAACUAUCAACAAAUGCAUGCAUGUCUGGACAUCCUGAAUGUGACUAAAGUUCUGUACCUCAACGCCUUCUCUAACUCCAGUAUGACAACAAUAGGGCACUGAAUGCGUGAGCCUGUGAUUUGCAGUGAUCUACCGAAAAAUAAUGAUUCUUCAAAGCUGUUAGACAAGUUAGAUGGACAGGUUUUAGGAUCUGUGGAUAGGUUUUGAAAGGUCAAGAUUUGAUCUGGUGACCUUUUGGAAUGUUUUAUCCCUUGGAAUGUACCCACCGGCACAUCCAUAAUAUGUUGUCAUCUUCUCUGUGUGUGUGUGUGUGCGUGUGUGUGUGAUGUGUGACUGAUAUCUUGCUGUAGUAGUUCGAAGUAUCAUAACAUUGUUUGUAAAAUCAGUUGCUGUCUGCAUGUAUAGCACUUGGAAGUUUGAAUUCUCUGACUAAAAGCUUAUUCCCAGCAAUGUCAAGGGCAAUGGAAUAUGUGUUUGUAUCUGUGUGUGUAUGUGUGUGUGUCCACACACACACACACACACACACACACAUUUUUCUUCACCAGCAGGAUAAGUUGUGGCAGUGUGUCAUAGUCUGGAUAGCAGUGAUGUUUGCAGGUUUGGCACCGGUCAACAAAGUAUGUCCCUUUUGCACAGAUUUUCCACCAGUCCAGUGAAUCAUGGCGAAGCCUCAUAAGAGCUUAUCAAACGCCAACAGCAACCCCUCCACUUCCACAGCUCUCUCCUUCCCUGCGAUGCCACAGGCACCCCUACACCUCCUCUCUCUCGUAUACGGCCUCACCGACUCAAUUCAGAGGCCGUAGUCUCACCAGCCUCCACUGAGUUUGAGGCAGCCGUUGAGGUUGGCAGACAGGCUCGCUAGUCAACUCCCUGGAUAUAGGCAUACACUGAACCACAUGAAAUGUCAUUUGCACUUCAUUCAUUCGGCAAACACCUUCAUUUCCGAAAUGACUUACAGUUGAUGAAGCACCAAUCGAGCUUUAGCGAGCUAAUCAAGACUCAGUAAAAAGACAAAGUAAAGAGCUAAUGGAGGCAGAAAUACUUCAGUAUUUGGCAAGAUGCAGUGAAGGGAUGAGAGAAGAUGCUCUGUGGUGACCAUAGGCAAAGCAAGACCAUGAAAGAGUAGAGUAGAGUUAGGUAGAGUUAAAGAGUACAUAUUUCGCCCCCCCCCCCCCCUUUCCACACUUUUAGAUUUCUUUCUCAAGUAUAUUUGACAUAUUUAGGCUUUUGUCUCUGCGUAUACAGACAGUAGAGAAAGACGAAGAAGUGAUUGGAAGAAGAGAGAUGAGUUGGGAUUGUGAAAUGACUGCAGAUCGGAAUCAAAGCGAGCCGAGCCCCCAUGGGCACUUGGCCUGAAUGUAGAACGGGUGCUGCCACUUCAUACUUGUCAUACUUUGGUCAAAAACGUUUUCACCACUGUCUGAACAACCCUGUUCUGAGCGGCAUGAUCCUGUGCCGGUCAUUUCACAAGCACAGUCAUCCUGCAUGAUGACUUCACUUCAACACGUUUUGAACCGGUUUUGAGCUUACGAGAUUCAGGCAAACUUUUGCACUUUGGUUCUUCAGUCGUGAGUCGACACCCAGAUAGAUAAAAUGGAGGUGGUUUAAUCCAACAAGCUGCUAGACUCGGGGUCACUUUGGCCAGCGGAUCCGAGUGGCUCACUGACUCAUGUCUCUAGACCUAGGAAUCCCAUGAACAAAACAGCUGGGUUGUGUUAUCUGUGUUUGUACAGUACGCAUUGGUAGCCAUCCCAGAUACCCAAGUUCAUUCAUAAAAGCACUGAAAAAGGUGGAAUUGAUGGAAGAUGAAAACGAUGUCCCCUUUAGUAUUUCAUAUAAUUUCAGAUGGAUUGUAGGGCCUGUAGAAGGAAGGGUGGCCUCUCCAGAACAAUGGCUGGUCUAAUUGGUGUUCAUUAGCUGUAGGCCUACAUGCAAAGCAUUGCAGAGCAGUUUCUGUUGGUUCCAGUCCUGUUCAGUACUGUAUGUUGUGGGCAGACUUGUUAGCCUGUAUUCUUUGCUGUUUGGGCCAAAACUAGAUGAGCAGGAAGCAUCCGGAUUCACAUCACAGACACACACACACACACACUCUCUCACACACAUACAUACACAGUCUCUGUUUUCAACCCUUCUCCUAACACGCACAUUUUUAAAUUAGUGUGACCUUUGUAAUGAUGUCCCCACUUACCAUGUUUUUGCUAUGACUUCAUGUGACACUUCAUUCAUUGUUUGGUUUUGCAAAAGCCCAUAUUGCUUUCCAAAAGGAUCUGUUAUAAUUAUUCUUUGAAAAAAGGAUGCUGCUUUAGGCUGUGCAACUGUCAGUCUCAAAUCUAGUUGUAUGCAGGUGUGUGUGUGUUUGUGUGCGUGCAUGUUUGAGUUUCUGUGCUAACCUGACUGUAUGUGUAGGUUAACCUGCAUCAGUGUGUGUGCAUGGGUUUGAGUGUCUGUGCAUAUAUGUAAGAUUGUGUGUGUGUGUGUGUGUGUGUGUGUGUGUGUGUGUGCGUGUGUGUGUGUGUGUGUGUGAGAGAAAGAGAGAGUGAGUGUGAGAGUAGUUGAGUGUUUAUUAGAUCAUUUGCAAUAAAGACUGUACUCAGUUGCACACAGCUCUGGUUUUGGCCUCCGUGUUUGUGUUGGUGUACUGUAUGUUGGUGCAUUAAUUGUAUUAGUGUGUCAAGUCCUCUUGUGUAUGCCUGCACUGCACUGCUCUGGCCCAAGGCAUUCUGGGAUAUGUAGUACUGCCAGAAUGUCUGAAUUCUGAAUGUAAGAUGAAAUUAAGCGAUGAAGCAAAAUAGAUACACUGGAUCUGCUGUCACAAUCAGACUGCCACAACAGAAUGGAAGAAGUGAAUAUUUGUAUGUGAGAGGUAACGGUACCCAAUCUCAAGGAAUGGGAAGUAAAAAAAAAAAAAAUGGCAGUCUAUCUGUCUGCAUGUUGAAUGUUGUCCAUAUUGUUAAAUGUAUUUUUUUAAACAAGAGAACACACACUGUCUAAAUAUUGUAUUCACACUAACAUAAUACAGCACUUGUUGUUUUCUUGUAGCAGGUAUUAUUCAUGACAAUGAGUUUAUAAGGGUUAUUCCACGUCAAAUUAGCACAUUUUGGAAAAUCCUAAUUCCCGCCCAAUCCACUUACAUUUUCUUUAUUCAUUUAAAUGGCCUUUUACUUUGGAGUACACCUACCCCAAUUAUCCAAACUAUUAGUUAGUUUACGAUCAAAUGGGCUUUGUAAAGUAGCAUCGUCAUUCUUGCCAAUUCUAGUCAGAAUUUGAGUCUGAUACGGCUCCAUUGGGACGUGAUUAUAAGGGGCAUGUUUCAACUGAUAGGCUACAGUAGGGAAAAUGCCUCUGCACUCAAUUGGAACCUUCCAGCCACAGCGUUUUUGUUGCGAACAAAAUCAACCGAAGCAUGCUCAGAUGAUGUAACAGACGACGCCCUGUCGCUCAUCUGUUGCUCCUCUGUCCAUAGGCUACAAAGCCCAAUUUGAUUGGUCCAAACAGCUCUGGUUUGGGCACAGUUGCUUCACAACUCCAGACCAGUCCAGUCCAGACUGAACUUCCUGACCUCAAAUGUUGUGGGCGGGGCUAGUUUGGCUGGCAUCCAGGCUAAUCAUAAAGGUUAUAAUUAAGGUAAACAAUUGUGCAUAGUGUACCUUUAAAGGUAUACUAUGUAACGUUUUUCAGUUAAUCAA